GAAGAAAGUCUCUUCCUUUCCGGUGCUGGGCGCCAUCAGCAGGUAGACAAACAUGGGUGCCUACAAGUACAUCCAGGAGCUGUGGAGGAAAAAGCAGUCAGAUGUGAUGCGAUUCCUGCUUCGUGUCCGCUGCUGGCAGUACCGCCAGCUGUCUGCCUUGCACCGAGCUCCCCGGCCCACCAGACCAGACAAAGCUCGCAGGCUGGGAUAUAAGGCCAAGCAAGGUUAUGUUAUCUACCGUGUCCGUGUCCGCCGCGGUGGUCGUAAACGCCCAGUCCCGAAAGGUGCAACCUAUGGCAAGCCUGUGCAUCAUGGUGUUAACCAGCUCAAGUUUGCCCGGAGCCUUCAGUCUGUAGCAGAGGAACGUGCUGGUCGUCACUGUGGGGCUCUGAGAGUCCUGAACUCCUACUGGGUGGGUGAAGAUUCCACCUACAAGUUUUUUGAAGUGAUCCUGAUCGAUCCAUUCCAUAAGACCAUCAGGCGCAACCCUGACACCCAGUGGAUCACCAAGCCUGUUCACAAGCACCGGGAGAUGCGUGGGCUGACGUCGGCUGGGCGCAAGAGCCGCGGCCUGGGCAAGGGCCACAAGUUCCACCACACCAUUGGGGGCUCGCGGCGUGCCGCCUGGAGGAGGCGCAACACCCUGCAGCUGCACCGCUACCGCUGAGGCCUCUCACUGGCACUGUCUAAUAAAGCUGAUGUGGGUUUUUGAAUUUAACAAGUGCUUCUGCUGCUUCUUGGCUCACAUGGGGAAGGGUGGAAUUCUCUUCAGUUCAGCUGUAUCCCUAUUUCAAAAGGCUUUUUCAAGUGUAAUUUGGUAUUCGUGAAGGUUGAAGGCCCUGGGGUAGAGCUCUGUGAUGGGUUUCACUGAUGGCUUUUCAAUCUUACCAUGUGCAGUGUGCAUCAAAAGCCUAAUGGCUACUACAUGUCCUUUUUUCUGUUGGUCUCAGUAUACUUCCUUACUGUCUGGGUUGGUCUCUGUUUCCUGUGCUUAGAGUGAAGACCAAGCUUUGAUUUUGUGCAGUGAGAUGUAACUGAAAGUGCCCGUUUAUUUUUUAUAGGUGAUUAAAUA